AUGAUAACUUUUUAAUUGUAAUAAGGAGGUCUUGAAAUAUACUAGAAAAAAACAGUUACAUUGGCACCAUUAAAGAAUAAAAGAUAUAAUGGAGACCAUAGAUAUCAAAUAAAAUAAUAAAUACUUGAAUAGGUUAGGAAAAGCAAAUAAAAGCAUCUGAAUGAAUUCAGCGAUUUAUAAAAUAUCCAUUCAAUUUAAUGCACAGAAAGAUUUGUAAGGAGGGAUUACCAAUUCAAUGAUAAGAAAGCGAGAUUCAAACAGAAAGCAUUAUCAUGUUCUAACAACAAAUGCUCUUUUAUUUCAAUAAGUAGAGUAGCUGAUUUGCCACCGAUAUUAGAUUGGAGAAGAGAGAAUAAAAUACUAACACCAGAAUAUUCAGAAAAUGGUGAUUUUAUGAACUAUGUAAGAAAGCAAGUUGUCAAAUAUGGUUAAAAAUCACUUGAUUGA